AUGGAAGACCCGCGAGCGGCCUCGGCGCCUGCGCCCGCGUUCACCUUCAAAAAGCGCAACCUAAAGUCCAAAUCGACGAUCCGCAAACGACCCGCCACACCACCCCCCGAUACCGCCCUACAAUCGGACUCGGACUCAGGCUUUUCGUCCUUUGAGGACUCUGAUGGCCAAAGACAAGUAAAGCGACGGCGCAAGAACGCAGGCACCGUCGCCGCAUCGUCGGCUCAAAAUGCCAAACCUCGUCACUCAUCAGUGGGCGAGCCAGCUCCAGCCGCCUCGGCAGCCGUAGCGGCGCGCACCAACAAAGACGACGCCACAAAGACCUCGAAUUGGUUCGAUGAGGAGGAUCAGCAGGGGACGACGGAGACCAAAGCGUCAGAAAAGCCCAAGCCCACGAGCACAACAGAUGGAACGUACAAAGGCGUGGCGAACUAUCAAUCGUUCAUCCAGAAAAAUCCCGACCGCGCAGCCGCAGCCUCAUCCAAACAGGUCGGGCCGGUCAAGUCGUCGACAAACGUGCGCACCAUCACCGUGACCGACUUCGCGCCCGACGUGUGCAAGGACUACAAGCAGACCGGGUUCUGCGGGUUCGGUGACAACUGCAAGUACCUGCACGCGCGGGAAGAUUACAAGCAAGGCUGGCAGCUCGAUCGGGACUGGGAGAUCAGCACAAAGGGGAAGGCCCCUGGUGGGAAGACGGUUGCAUCUGCAGAUCGCAACGGCGCGGCGGCGGGGGCGGAGGACAAUGAGGACGAGAAGCUGCUUGAAAGAAUACCGUUUGCGUGCAUUAUUUGCAAGGAGUCUUACAAGAACCCUAUCGUCACGAAAUGUGGGCAUUACUUUUGUGAGGCGUGUGCACUGAAGCGGUAUCGGAAGGAUCCUUCAUGUGCGGCGUGUGGGGCCGGCACAGGGGGUGUUUUCAACGUGGCGAAGAAAUUGAAUCGAUUGUUGGACAAGAAGAGAGAGCGAGAAAGGUUAAAGAGAGAAAAGGCCGAUGGAGCAGGUGAGCACUCAUAG